CUGGGGUAUACCCCGCUGGAAACCUCUCCAAACCCUUCCUCGCUCUCUCGAUCUCCUCCCCUCCAAAAUGUGGCGCCGCCACCUCCUCCGCGGCCUCCUCCCAUCUCCGGUGGCCGCCGCCGCCGCGCCCUGUCCCUCGAUUCGCCACCUCUCGACCGCCCCAACAACCACCACCAACACCACCUCCCUCGCCUCCUCCCUCUCCGCGGCAAUCACGAAGCUCUCCUCCACCCCGCCCCCGGCCACCUCCCCGGACGCCUACUUCUCGCUCCACUUCUCCGACGUCCGCCCCACCAACGCGCUCCUCGCCGAGACGCUCGCCCUCUCCCCGCCCGCCACCUCGCGCGCCGCCGCCGACCUCUUCCGCUUCCUCGUCCGCCGCUCGCUCCACCCCUCCGACGGCGCCCUCGCCCUCGUCGUCCGCCACCUCGCCCGCCGCCGCGACUUCCCCGCCGUCCGCACCCUCCUCCAGGAGUUCCCCUCCGCGCUCGGGCCCGCCACGCUCCACGCCUACCUGUUCCACCUCGCCAGAGCGGGGCGCGCCACGGACGCGCUCAAGCUGUUCGACGAUUUGCCCGAGCAGCUUCGCAACCGUGAGGCGCUCACUUCUCUGGUCUCCUCCCUCUCGAGUGAGGGCUUCCCGCAGCUUGCAGAGCGUGCUGUCAAGAAGGUCGCCCAUGAGAUCUUCCCCGAUGAUAACAUUUGCACUUUGCUGGUGUCUGGCUAUGCCGAUGCUGGUAAGCUUGACCAUGCGCUAAGGUUGAUCAGUGAGACGCGCAAUGGUGGGUUUCAGCCAGGAUUGGACGCCUACAAUGCAGUCCUUGAUUGUGUCUGCCGGCUCUGCCGCAAGAAGGACCCGUUAUUGAUGCCUGUUGAGGCAGAGAAGUUCUUAGGUGACAUGGAGGCAAAUGGCAUUCCCCGCGAUGCUGGAACUUUCCGCGUGCUGAUAAAAAAUCUUUGUAAGAUUCGCAUGACCGAGUCUGCAAUGAAUCUGUUCCAACGAAUGGGUGAAUGGGGAUGUUCACCAGAUGCUGACACAUACUUGAUACUUAUCAAGAGCUUGUAUCAGGCUGCCCGGCUUGCUGAAGGGGACGAGAUGAUGACAUGGAUGCGGUCAGCAGGGUUUGGAGAUAAACUCGACAGGAAGGCGUAUUAUGGGUUUGUUAAGGUUUUAUGUGGGAUUGAGAGGGUUGAGCAUGCUAUGAAGGUAUUCCGGAUGAUGAAAGGAUAUGGGCAUGCACCUGGAACGAAAUCAUAUAGCUUGCUGAUUGAGAAGCUGGCUAGGCAUAAUCUAGGGGAUCGUUCAAAUGCACUGUUCAGGGAAGCAGUAGCGCGUGGGGUAACUGUCACACCAGGGGUGUAUAAGAUUGACAAGAGGUAUGUUAAGGAAAAGAAGGAGAAGAAGGUGAAGAAGAGGCUGACUUUACCGGAGAAGAAGAUAUUGAAGAGCAAGCGGCUGUACAAGCUCAAAAUGAGCUUUGUCAAGAAGCCUAGGCGGCGAAUGCGGUCUUGAGCAGACUUGGGGUUUGGUUGGAGCGGAUGAUCAUGGAAGGGAAGUAUCAGAAAGAGCCCACUUAUGAUUUAUAACUAGAAGAGCAGGAAAUUGUUGUUCAUGAAUUAUGCCCUCCAUUGCUGAGUGGCUAACCGACAGCAUCACUUUUCUGACCUGAGGGCUCUGUGCGUUUUUUUUCUUAAUUGAUGGACUGCAAACUCUUUCUCGAUGUUCUGACGUCUUGCAGCAUAAAUAACAUACAUUUGCUUCUGUUAUUUACCACAUUACUGAGAAGAUUUUGAGUUCUUAUGAAGCAAUUGGUUGUAAUUAACAUCCUUCGAGCAGUGUUCUGUACGUUAAUGAUUCACCUCCCUGAGAAUGUUUAA